UGUAUACAUAUGUACGAGUACGAUCUCCGCAACCUUUUUGAAGCCCGGAGACCUUUCAUUCCGCGUUUUUCUUUACAGUUCGCUCCUUCUUCAAACAAUCCAACCCUAACUCGUUCAACACUGAAACACUCACCGACGCAGCUCACAGGUUUUGUAGUACUGUGUCGUUUAUGGCCUACACUGAUGUCAUGACUUUGUUGUUGGCCGUGGCGGUUUGGUGCACUGCUUAUGUUACUGUUGCAGUUCUUGCCUCCUUUCGAGCCGUAAAUUACCUCUGCACUUUCUGAAACCUUGCAAUUCGAUAACGUUGCCAUGGGUUAUGCACAACUUGUAAUUGGUCCUGCUGGUAGUGGCAAGUCUACGUAUUGCUCGAGUUUGUACGAACACUGUGUGGCUGCGCGUCGCACAAUAAAUGUGGUGAACCUUGAUCCUGCUGCUGAAAAUUUUGACUAUCCCGUUGCAAUGGAUAUAAGGGAACUGAUUUCCCUGGAUGAUGUUAUGGAGGAACUUGGAUUGGGUCCAAAUGGCGGUCUUGUCUACUGCAUGGAACACCUUGAAGAUAACCUAGAUGAUUGGCUCACUGAGGAACUGGACAAUUAUUUAGAUGAUGAUUACUUGGUUUUUGACUGCCCUGGUCAGAUAGAACUUUAUUCACAUGUGCCAGUACUUAAGAAUUUUGUGGAACAUUUGAAACGGAAAAAUUUUAAUGUUUGUGCUGUUUACUUACUUGAUUCACAGUUCAUGACAGAUGUGACCAAAUUCAUAAGUGGUUGCAUGGCAUGCCUUUCUGCUAUGGUUCAACUUGAACUACCUCAUGUUAAUAUCCUCUCAAAGAUGGACCUUGUGACAAACAAAAAAGAUCUUGAAGAAUUUUUGGAUCCAGAGCCCACCUUUUUACUGUCUGAAUUGAAUCAACGGAUGGGUCCUCAGUAUGCAAAGCUGAAUAAAGCUUUAAUUGAGUUGGUGAAUAACUACAGCAUGGUGAGUUUCAUACCACUAGACCUCAGGAAGGAAAAAAGUAUUCAAUAUGUACUGGCCCAAAUUGACAACUGCAUUCAGUAUGGAGAAGAUGCAGACGUGAAGGUUAAGGAUUUUGACCCUCAGGAUGACGAGUAGCAAAUUUCCUUAUGCAGCAUUGCUUGGUAUUAUUGAAACUUCUGCUUAAUGUCGAUAUAAUGGUGUACCAAGCUGUCGUUGUUAUACAGUAUGUCUUAGAUUGUUUUAAUGUUGCGGACGUUGAACAUUUAUACAAUUUAUCCUCCAAAUGGGAAGAAAAAUUGGCGAGCUUGGUCAUUCUCUUGCAGUUACUGGCAUCGUUGUAAGAAGAAACGCAUGGUUGGUUAUAAAUAGAUAUUACCUGAUAAAAAUAUAAUCUCGUAAUUUAUUAAUAUGAUUAUGUUUUAUGUGAAUA